AAAAAGACGAAAACCAACCAACCAUCAUGAUCAUGACGUCAUCCGGUCAUUCAAGUUUUUUCACAUCCACGCUCCGCGCCAACGCACCAAGACGCGUUUAAUAUUGGAAUCAUUUCCGAACACAACGCGACUCUGGCCGGCGAGAAAACCGCGAAAAAAGGUUAAAGUUCAAUACGAUGACAUUGGCAGAAGUGAUUAUUGUUUAAAAAGUAUUGUUUUAUUUUCUUAAAGUGACAGUGUUUUUGGUGGGAAUCUAAAAAUAAGUUUUUGUUACGCAAACGGCCGGUGUGCGAGUGCCAAGAGCUUUUGUGUUUGUUCGGUUUUCCGAGAAAGGACGGAUUCUAGCCAUCAUGGGGGAAAUGAACGUGAGGUUAGCGUUUGCUAUCAUCGCGUCGGCGGGGUUCUCUGCCUUUCAGCACGGGUACAACACCGGCGUGUUGAACGCACCGCAGGGGGUAAUGACGAAAUGGCUUCAAAUGGACGCUCUGCCCAACGCCAAUAAGACUGUGGACCCCAAUGACGAGCCCACCGUGACAUCGAUAUGGGCGGUGGCGGUGUCCAUCUACUGCGUCGGAGGUAUGAUCGGAGGCGUCAUCACAGGCGUUUUAGCCGAUAGGUUCGGUCGUAAAGGCAGUCUGCUCAUGAACAACGCGCUGGUGUUCCUCGGCGCGGGGCUGGAGGGGGGCUCCUACUACGCCAACUCUUCGGAGAUGCUUAUUGUUGGAAGGUUGCUGAUCGGUAUAAACAGCGGUCUCAAUGCCGGUCUAGCCCCAAUGUACCUGUCUGAAAUAUCCCCCGUCUCACUCAGGGGCUCGAUCGGCACAGUCUACCAGCUCGUCAUCACCAUCACCAUCGUGCUCUCCCAAGUCCUAGGCCUCAGCUCAGUCCUAGGCACCUCCACCCGCUGGAGCUUGCUGCUGGCGCUGCCGCUGCUGCCGGCUGUAUUGCAGUGCGCCGCGCUGCCGUUCUGUCCCGACUCGCCGCAUUAUCUGCUGUUCAAUAAGGGGAACGAUAAGGGAGCUACGAAAGCUCUAAGCUGGCUUCGAGGUGGCGCGGACGUUAACUCGGAAAUGGAAGAAAUGCAUCAGGAAGCGGAGAAGACCAAGAUCCGCAAGAAGGUGACAGUCCGGGAACUCUUCCGCAACAGACAACUGCGAGUCCCCCUCAUUACUGCAGCCGUGGUGAUGUUGGCGCAGCAACUAUCCGGGAUCAAUGCUGUUAUAUUCUUCUCCACUGAUAUCUUUUAUAAAGCCGGGUUGAGCCAGAGCACCGCUCAGUAUGCUACUUUGGGAAUGGGUGCCAUGAACGUGCUAAUGACAGUGAUAAGUCUGGUGCUCGUCGAGAUCGCUGGACGUAAGACGCUACUGCUGAUAGGAUUCGUGGGCAUGCUGCUAUGUACCGUCGCUCUGACCGUCGCCAGUCUGUUUACAUCAAUAGUGUGGGUGUCCUACGUGUCGAUAGCGCUGGUGAUUCUCUUCGUAGUGAUGUUCGCCGUCGGGCCGGGGUCCAUCCCGUGGUUCCUUGUCACUGAGUUGUUCAACCAAUCAGCGCGGCCGGCCGCCACCGCCGUCGCCGUCACCGUCAACUGGACCGCCAACUUCAUCGUGGGACUCAGCUUCUUGCCGCUCUCUCUCCUCCUCGGCUCGUACGUGUUCGUGAUAUUCGCCGUCCUGCAGUUCCUGUUCAUCCUGUUCAUCUACUACAAGGUGCCGGAGACCAAGAAUAAGACCAUCGAGGAGAUCACCGCCAUGUUCAGACAACACUUGUAAUAUGUACGGUGACGGGGAAAUAAUGCAAAAUGAACAAC